AUGUCUGCCUCCUGCGACCACGAUCUUUACACCACCCUCAAAGCAACGGCAACCUCCCCCAUCCUCGCCUUCUCCUCCACCUCAGGUCCUACAGGCUCUCCUUUCGACCCAUCCAAUAUCUACGCAUACCGCACUCCAGAUUGUAUCAUGCAUUUCCACCCCGGAUCUAGCAUGGCACCACCUUUCAACGGCCCCAUCACGCGUGUCCAACACGAGCCCGCGCUCCUCAUGCUCGGUGCCGUGAUGGAGAAGAUGCAUUGGGCCAUCCAUGAGGUGACGGUCGAUACCGCAGCGAGGACUGUAGCGGCGAGGUUGACGGCGCAUUAUACGUUCAAGCCAGUGAAAGAGGACCUGAGGAGUGUGGAGUGGCCCAUUGAGUACGUUUGGGUGGUGGAGUGUGAUGAGAGUGGGGAGAAGAUUGUGAGGAUGGAGGAGUGUCUCGAUGCGGAGAGGGCUGGGUUCAUGUUGAAGCGGGCGGCGAAGUAUGCAGAAGAGCACCCGUCGGCGUAG